CAUACAGACAGAGUUAUCGUCCUUUCCUCCUCAAUCUCUCUGCACCCGGCUAAGAACUACUUUCGAUCACGCGGUGAAAAAUCGGUCACAUGACAGCAAAAAUGGCAGCCCUGAUAUGGCCACACCGGUAAAAAAGGAAAACGUUACUUGUUUUUGUUGUCUUUCUGCUGGUCAGACAAGAUCCUUUAAGCUUGGUGGCAAGAAAUGCGAAGAAACCGGUCUGGUAAAAAUUAUUUCGUCAUAUUUAGAUUCGACAAUCGUAACAGAGUUGGUAAAUUGCCAGGCACCAAUAUGUCGAGGUUGCCUCAACUUCAUUGAAAAAUGGAACAUCUUCAAAAUUAUGAUGAAGGAGAAUGCUGACUCCUACAGUCAAAAGGAAAAUGUAAGCAGGACAAAGAGAAUGUACAAUUCCCCAUGUGCGAGUUUAAGUAAAUGUGAAGAAGUGAGUAAAGGCUACAAAAAAUCGAAAUCGACAUCUCGGUCAUCUGCCAAAAAAAUGUUAGUUCUUACAACAGAACCAGGGGAACCGUUGGUUAGUCAAAUUUUGGACAAUUCAAUUGACGGAACCAUUGGAAAAAUUGAUCAAAUAAAUGAUCAUCAUGAUCAUUGCUAUUUUGUUCAUACCACCGGCAAACCACAAACUGAAAGAGCAAUGGAGAUUAAUAAUGAAAACAAGAAUGAAGCAGAAUUAAAAGACAGGAAUUCUACAACUUUUCAGAAUUUGUUUAAAUGUAUGAUAAACAAUGAUCUAAAUGGUUUAAUUCAUACUUUAUUCAAUGACAGUUCCAUUAAAAACAGAUUAGAGAAGGCCUUUGCUGACGAAAUUGACAAGAAGUGCUCACUUUUAGAAACACGGAAUAUAGCACUUUCAUCUGUCUUAUACAAAUGCAGAUCGGUUCCUCUGCUCCAUGAUGCAGGGGAUAAAUUCAUUAGUGAUCUGGCACAAGAAAUCAAGGACAGGGUGCCAUUUCUGUUCAAUAUACUAUGCACGGUGGUGGGGAAAAUGUGCAGUGCAGAUGGAAUGAUAUCAAUCGAUAAAAUUGCUCCCAUAGUAUCAGCCUAUGCAAUCCUGAUGAAAAGCAGAUGUGAACAACUAUCUGCGUGGAACAGACUUACAACAUUAGUAGCCACUACAGGUCAUGUUGAGGACAGGGCAUUGGCACGAUUCAACAAAUUGGGAAUUACCUUGUCAACCACAAACAAAAUUAGAUUAUUGGAUGAAGCUGCAAAUAAUGCUGAAAAAGCAAUUGUAAAGGAACUCCAGACAAAUCCGUUGGUCAAGAUAACUGGGGACAAUCUUGAUGUUUAUGUAAGAGCAAAUCAUCAGUCAACUGAAAAACACAACAAGGACCUCCAUUUAUUUGCAUCAAAUAUUAUUUUUAGUAGAUUAGCUGGUCCAGAUCUUGACAACAGAAAUCCUCAACUUAUUCUACAAAAUCUUCAUCCUGAAAGGUUUCUACCUCAUGAUUCUUACAAAAGUAAGCUAAUGAACAGUUACUGUGUCCUUGUUGGAAGAAUUAUUUCUGAAAUACCAGCAUUCAAGUGGAUGAAAAACCUUUUGCCAGCUCAUAUCAAACAUCCUUACAUGCGACAGAUGGAAAAACAGUCCAAGGUCUUUCCAUUGCCUAUUAUGAUGAAAAAUGAAUCAAAGCAUGAAGACUGUGUGGAUAUCAUGGAUUCAUAUGAAGAUCAAAUGUGCAGUUUAUUUGAGAAAGCAACAGGUAAUACAGAUGCAUUGUCUAAAUUCAAAGUCAUAAUUGGAGGAGAUCAGCUGACUAAAGUAAAUUUGCAGGAAGUUAGAAAUCUUAGAACCCUGGCACCUACAGAUAGAAAGAAACUUGUUGAUCUACAGCCUGUGAUUUGUGAGCUUUGGCACCUUAAACAGAAUUUUGUUGAGAAAGCUUAUAAAGAACUGUAUCAGCAGUCUUCUUUGAGACAACCAUGCACUUUAUAUCAUUUCAAGGCAAAGCUACAACGAGGUGAUGUCAAUGGAAAAGUCAAAGGAAAAUUUAAACAACACAACGAGCUACUGUUAUGUGUUGGAAAAGCCAUGAUCAAAGAGCAAGCUCUAGAAUAUUUUGGAAUGGAGAAUGAGGAUUCUGAUCCAAAUAUCAUUACAAGUGGAAAAUCCAAAGGGGACAGGACAUCUGAAAUGUACAGUAUAUUGGAAAAAUUCUUAAAACACUUUCAAUAUGGGCAAUUUGAUCUUUUGAAGCCAGAAAUUCCACUACCACAAAAACUAAUGUAUCAGGUUAUUGGCAAAACACCAGAUGGAAAGUUGAAGGUACGACCAAUAGUUGAAAUUCAGACACCGCCUGAAAUGAAAGCAGAAAAGAAUGAUGACCAGCUCUUCAAUUAUUGUUCAAAUGUAUGUAACUGGGCGUUGCAUUUGAUGGCCUUAGAGGACACCGCGAAAGAGGGUGACAUAACUAGAACAAUUCCAAAUCUGAUGUAUGCUAUACCAUUUUUCUAUAGCCAUUCAAGAUUAAGCAAAUACUUCAUUGAGGCAAUAGACUACAUACUAAAGGUUGAACAUCUUCUUUCACCUUUAAAUAAAAUGCGAGUAUUGGAAGGUUCAUAUUGUAAUAUGCGUGGUGGAACUGGCAACAACGUAGAACAAGAUUUAGUACAAGAACAUUCAGUAAGAAAUACAAAGACUCUCAUAAAACAAUUAGGAGCUAACAAGACUGAAAAGGCAAUCAUUCGGUGCACUGGUGCAGCAGACAUUACAAUGGACAUUGUUAAAAACUUAGACUCUGCUUUAUCCAUGAGAACACAGAGUUCUAGACAUUCAAAGUUAAUAUGUGAAAAAGAUAUUAAAGAGGUAGAACAAACAUUACGACAAGCAAGACCGUUCGAAUAUACCCCCGGCAGAAAAUGUAUUGGCUUCGAUCAAAUAAAGAGAACUCCUUUGGAAAAAAUUGACAAAAAAGACAUGGAAGAAAGAAUUAAAUGGACAUACACACGACUAUCAUGGGGAAACACAGUGUCUCAAGAAAAUGUUGUUGAAAGUGAUGAUGAUGAUGAUGAUGAUGAUGAUGAUGUUAACAAUUUACCAGAUUUGUGAAUGUAGUGUCAUAACUUCAUAAAUAGUUUUUUGAUAUUUCAUAAAUAUUUUUUAUGGAAUGUUGAUUUUUUUGGCCAAUAUCACAUAUACUGUAAAAUCAGAAAUUAUUGCUUAUUUUUCAUUUUGCAAAAAAUGUGAAAAAACAGAAUAAUUUAAACUCAUAUUUUGAUAUUUGUUUUAUGAAUUUAACAAGAUUUUUUUCAACAUGUCCAUGUAUAGCAAAGAAUAAAAUUGCAUUUUCCUCUUAAAUGGCAAAAUAGCCAUAAUAAAAUGCAUGCAAUAAUUUCUGAAUUAACAGUACCGGUUCCACAUUCACCAACUAUCUAAUUAUUAAUAAAUGGAACAUAGGUUACCUAGA